CACGCGUUUUGUUUUAAAAUGUUUGCGUUUUAAUCCCGGUACAGUGGUGCACCUAGAUCUAGGUGAACAGGCCUGCACCAUCCAAAUUGCAUGGAAACGAGUAUCAUUAGAUUCAAAUAGUACUGGCGCGGGAGAUAAUCGGAAAUUAGACGUCAAGAACUCACCUCUCCCACUUUCUCUCUCCUCAACCAGCAACCGCAACCGCAACCGCAACCAGCAAUGGCGGGCUACUCAAACCCAACAUCAUCAACACAAUCAGUGUACUCGCUUCCAGUUCUAUCUCGCCCCGAAAUCGUUGGUAUUUUGGCCGAAUACCAGAUUAUCAGUCUCUCCGAAUCCGAUCUCACUAACCCUAACCCUGAUUUCGUAGCUAAUCUCUACAAUUCUUUCUUACAUUUCCUUGAUUCUCUCGAGGAAGAUUCUAGUCAAGUUGAUUUUGAGGCGUUGGAACGGUUCGAGAACCCUGAAAUAUAUGCUGAUGCAAUUAGGCCGAUCAAGUUGUAUAGAAGAAUUAAGGAUGUUUUAUCUGAAAUUGGGUGCCCUAUUAGUUUCACCUUCCCUGAUUUGAUCAGUCCUGACUCGAGUCGUACCGUCAAGUUCGUCUCUGCCAUUAUCAAUUUUGUCCUUCAUAAGGAAUCAAAAUUUAGUAUGAUAACGCCAUAUGCCGAGGAACUUGGUAUACUAGAAGAGGAGUGCAAGCAGCGUGAGGCUAAAAUUUUACAGCUUAGAAAAGAAAGUGCAGCAUUAAAUGAAGCAAGAGACAAGGAAAAGCCUCUGGUCCAAGAAGCUGAAGCUAAGGUAAAGGAAUUGCAGCAAAAGCUUGAUAACCUCAAUAGCCUUCAGUUCAAUUUGAGGAAGGAGCAUAAAGCAAUGAAGGAGAAGACCGAAGAACUGGAAAACAAUGUUACCAGAUCUGAGUAUGAACUCAUCCAAGCUACACAAGAGAAUGCUACAUUACGUUCUAAAAUUGUACACUCACCAGACAAACUUCAGAGGACUUUAGAGGAGAAGAAACUAGUUCAGAUGGAGGCAAAUGAUUCUGGAAGGCUAGCUUUCCAAAGUUUUCAAGAAAAGACUGCGAUUUUGGAGGUUUAUACAAAGGCCUUGCUGAAAAUGACAAAGCAGCUGGGUCAGAUGCAAGCAAUACAAGAACAGGUGAAUUCUGCCAAAUCUGUUGAAAAGGAUGUUAAACAACUGAAGGCUAAAUUGAGUGAUGAUCAAAUGCUGGAGAAAUCACUUGAAGCUAAAGUAGUUGAAAACCAGGCCAAAGCUGGACAGUCGGAUAAACAGAAACUGCUUUUAGAGAAGGAGGCAAAGCUGAGGCGUGAGGAUGACACAAGGGGUUGGGAUAAUGCAAAGUUGGAGGCAGUAUCACGGAAACAUUAUCUGGAAACAAGGGGAAGGAAGAUUGAAGCUGUAGAAGCUGAGGUGGCUUCAAUAGAAGCAAAGAUCAAGUCAACAAAGGGUCUUGCAGCUGCAACACAAGAAGAAUUGUUGAAAGAAGCUGAAAAGAUUGUAAAUGAGCUAAAGUUGUAUACAAGCCGCACCGCACAAGUAAUGUCGAAGAUGGAAGUGCUGCAAAACACAGGGCCAGGGAGCUUGUCUUAAUUGAUGUUAGAUGGAUGUGAGGCCAGUCAUGUAAGGAAACACUUACGUACUAUAUGCUUAAUUUAUACUUCGUACGUAGUAGUGUCUUAUCUUGUUACAUGUAAAGAAUUUAGGGUAUUGAAUACUGAUGUGGUUUGUUGAAAGAUGUCGAAGUUGAUGGCAUCAUAAAGUAAGUAUUGAACUGAACUCCAGCUUAAACUAUUAACAUCAAUGAUGAGAAUUGAAACAAUAAACAACUCAGAGAUUUUAUUUCAA